AUGGGACAGUUAUUAGACCUACGGCAGGAAAGUUUACCAGUCUCCCAGUACGCCAUAAACUUCCGCAUUCUGGUGGCCAGCAGUGGGUUUGGGGACACCGCUCUCCCAGCCAUAUUCCGCAAAGGGUUAACAGGAGAAAUAAAAGACGAGUUGGCAGUAUGGGAGGAGAGCUCCUCCCUAAACGAGCUAAUAGAAUUAAGCAUACGCAUAGAUAAUAGACUCAGAAAGAGACGGAGGGAGAGGAGAGCGGAUCAGACUCGCCGGUCACCAGCUUCCAGUGUCUGCAGCCCAGGUGACUACGCCUCCUGGCCUGACGUCAGCCCGCACCUCGCUCCUGAACACCACUCACCUCCACCGGACGAGUCCAUGCAGCUGGGUCGAUCUCGCCUCACGCCAGCAGAACGGCAGUGGAGGAUGCGAGAAAAGCUCUGCCUCUACUGCGGCUGCGGAGGUCACUACCUCGCUACCUGCACGGAGAUGCCCAAAAGGCAGGGCUCGCCAGUAGGUCGGGGGGCACUGGUGAGCCGUAUCUCUUCCUCCUCUUCCUCCCAGAUCCGUGUUCAAGGUAUGCUACACGAAACCCACCUAUCACAUGAGCUGCAGGUUCUCAUUGACUCAAGGGGCUGA